AUGGACGAAGACGACUCCCUCGCAAUCGACCCCGAAAUGGCAGCCUUCAUGGGCUUCGCCUCCUUCGGAACCCAACCAGCCGCCAAGAAGCGCAAGUACAACCACCGCACCGACGCCGUCUCCUCCGCGACCGGCGCGAACCAGACUGCCCUCGCCCCUCGCGCUCCGCGCCCCGCUCCGUCGACGACGACCGACAUUGCUGCCGCGCCCGCCGCCAACGCCGAUGAGAUAGCCCUCGACGAUGACGAUGAAGACGACGGAUCUGCUGUUGUCGCCGCCGCUGGUGACGUGGACGCAGAGGAAGGCGGCGCAAAUCUCUACUCAGAUCCAACCGUUGCCCCGGCCCUCGCCCACGCGCAAAGCCUGAUAGAUGAAUUGGCCAACCAGGGCGCGGCAGUAGAAGAUGGAAUCUCGGCACCGCAGGCACAGAGCACAGCCUCCUCUCUUCCAACGUCAUCGGCCCUACCCCAGCGGCCCGAUGCGUCGUGGGGUAAGAAAAUGGGAACCGCUCCGACGACGAUGCCGACGAGGGAACGCCCUGAGCAGCAUCAGCACCAGCACCAGCGUGGCGGUCGCGGGGGGUACCAGCAGCAACAGAGGAACGAUGGCAAGCCUUGGUGGGAGGGCUACUACGACCCCGCGUCGAAUGAGAACCCAUGGGAGAGGCUGGAGAAGAAGGCUGGAGUUCUGUCCAAGGGGACUUGGGUGGCGAGGGGUACCCAACCUCAGACGGCUUGA